AUGCGGUUCUUCUACGUCACCGAUGUGCAAGGUGAGCCGGUGAAGGCGGUGCCUUGCUUCUACGCCUACCCCGGCGAUUUCAUCGAGCAUUGCAGAGCCACGGCGACUCUCCAAACAGGCACCAAGCGACCAUACACCACAUGCUACGUUGAGGACUCUCUCCUCCCCAACCUGGAGCAUCGGGCAACUCCAAGGACAGUGGCGUCUGAGCUUCACUGCCUGAGAAACAUGCUUGCAUGCAAGAAGGUCAAGGAUGCAGAGGCAAUUCAAACCGAGUGGUCGACUCACCCCGUGGAGGUGAUGCCAAUCCUAGUGGCAGACAAGGCAGCCCUUGCGGUUGGGAAGGUGGGGGAGCUGGCGGCCUUGCGUGUGCGGGCAUUCCGCAUGUACGCAACUUUCUACAAGGCUUUUCUGGGAGUCAGCGGACACACGGAAACCACUCUGGCAGUAGCUCGGAUGCACGCGAUCAAGCUAGUGGAGAUCUUGCCGCAAGCAUACCCGGACCAUCCGUCGCAAUGGCGCUUCCCGAAGAUUCACAUUGUGCAGCACUUGCUGGACAAUGUGAUGAUGCGUGGGAUGCCCCACCACUACAGCACAGAGAUGUGGGAACAUACCCACAAGGGGACCGUCAAGGUGCCGGUGAGAGGCAGCAACUGGAAAGACAUACCAAGGCGGAUCGUGGAGGAGGAAGUACAGAGGGAGAUCUGCCGUGAGGUGGCGCAGGAUGCGGGUGGUGGACGUCAGUACGCCACUGCACUUCGUGAGGCCGUGCAGGCGAAAAAGCCUGUGCUCACGCGAAAGGGCCGGAAAAUGCGACCCGCGGCUGAGGGGGACGUUGAGAUGGCCAAGUACCAUAGCACGCUCGGCGAGCUCAUGGACGAUUUCCAGGGCUGCGUGGUGGCGGCUGGCAUCACAGCAUCAGAGGUCAUGGUGAGUGACGUUGAGUUUGUGCCUGUGCGCCAACACUGA